CUUUUUAAAUCCUUUCUCUGGACAAAUCAGCCAAAAAUUCAUUUAUUGCAAAAAUUUUCCUCCUAGCUAACUCCCUGACAAGCCCUAAUUUUGACGAGUUGAUAGUUUUAUUUUCUGCUUUAAAUUUUUUUUCUUUUAUUCAGGAUCAAAAUUUCAAUUAGAAUAACAAUAUGAUUUAUCCAACAUGACCACUGAGACUGAAAGUUAAAAUAUUUUUUUGUCACAUUAAGUUAUCAAUAUGGAUCUUAAAAAGACUCCUAAUAAAGAGAAGGCACGAUUAUCAAGGAUAUACUUUAUGGGCGGUUUUGCAUUUCUGCCUUUUUUGUGGUUAGUCAACACAGUUUGGUUUUUCCAGGAAGCUUUUUUCAAGGAAGCUUACGAAGAACAGAAAGAGAUUCGAAAAAAUGUUUUACGUUCACUGCUCGGAACACUUGUGUGGAUUGGUGGGUUAACAGCAUGGAUUUAUAUGUUUCAGACAAACCGGGCUUCAUGGGGUGAACUGGGGGAUAAAUUGUCGUUUUUGAUACCUUUAGGUGAACCGUAGUAUUUUACUGUAAAUAUAUUAAAAUUUUAUAAUGUGUAUAAAAGUUUGAUGAAUUGUAGCAGGAAGGAUUGGGUUGUAAUUUUUGUGUAUUUUUGGUGAAUUCAAAGUUAUUUUGUGAAAUCAAUAUUCAAUGGUUGAAUUUGUCAUAAUUUGCCAAGACAGAACCUUAUAAGGUAAUUUACUUGUUGCAAUGCAACCUUUCUGUGAACAGUCUUAUUGAAACCAUUUUUUUAAAAAAACAAAGAAAAACAAAUAAUUUUCAACUUAGCUAAAUUAAAUAUAGACUGCACUAGAUUCAAUAAGCAUUGGGGAAUCCCAAUAAUAUAGAAUAUUUUAGGUCUUGUAGUAUUGUUAGUAUAAAUAUUUUUGAUAUUAUGACUGCAAUUCUGUAACCUAUUUUUUAUGUAAGGUUAAUGUUAUAUGUUUAUUUUUCUUUA